AAGGCGAGGAUGCCAUCCACCGGGCAGCUACUGUGACACCGAAUGAAACAAAUAAAUGAUCCUCACAAAAUCGCCCAUGACCACCAAAAACGGGAAACAACCACAACCACCUCACCAUUUUCAAUGCUUUAGCAUUACAACACGACAGCGAAAAAAAGUCGGGUUAAAAAAGGGAAUGUAUUGUUUUAACCUUCAAUUUCCUUUAUUCGAUUUUUUUUACAUUUAUUUUACUUGGUGUGGUUGCUGAAAACGCUCAAAUUCGCAGUCCCUUUUUUGAGUAUCAUUUAUUUUUUUCAUACGGUGUGUGAUUAUUGGUGUGCAACUUGACUGUUUCUCAUAUGCACAGGGUCCAGGUCCGCCUGACACGUGACGCGCGGCCUCUGCAAAUCCCGGUUCCGGGGAAACGCUUUUCCUUCAGCGCGGGGGUUCGCUGCCGAGACCAAACUCCAUCUCGGCACAGCUAAACUCUGCCGAAGCAUUACCUAUCCAGGACCGAUUAACGGCAAAGCAUCAGUAAAUGGAGCAUCGAGAGCCCCCCCGCUACCAUGGCAUCCCAGGCCCACGGCAGAUGCCCCUGGCAAUGUCCAGAUUGAAAAGCAUCGACAUCGCUCUCCGACACGACUCAACCAUGAGCACUUCUUUCACCAUUCAUCACAUCGCUGAUUAGCCCUUGGCCUUCUCCGCAGCCCACAGUCCACUGUUCCACCUUCUGCCCGCCAUGUCGACCCCUGGGAUGCUGUAUGUUACCAUGCAGCCUAAGCCCGGCCUGUCGCUCGACCAAUUCCACGAGUGGUACAACAACGAGCACGGCCCAACUCGCCUGCGGCUUCCCCAGAUCUUCACCAACGGUCUGCGGUACCGCGCAGCCGACGCAGCCGAGCCAACCUUCCUCGCCAGCUAUGAUGUCACCUCCAUGUCCCACUUGACCACGCCCACCUACACAAGUCUCCGCGAGAAUCGGUCUCCGCGAGAGGCUGAAACAAUCGGACAGGUCGACGUUGUCCGCUCUUUCCUCGACCUCGUCUUGUCACGCCAAGCUGCAGAGUUCGUUCCGCCCGAGAAGCUUUCAGGUGCAGAAGCGGAGGGCCGUGUGCUUGUGUCGGUCGACAUUACGACUUUUGGCGCGGAGGCGGAAAAGGACAUCAUCAGUUGGUUGAAGGAAGAACAUCUCGAGAUGGUCUCCAAAAUACCGGGGUGGUUGCGCACCCGCGUCUACCGCACCUCGACGAUUGAGGGCGGCAGUGGAGCCCCGAAUCUAUUGACUUUUAACGAGUUCGCAAAAGAGAACGGCCUAGGCGGGCCGGAGCAAGCAGCUGCCGAGUCGACGCCUCGGACCUUGAAAGUCGGGAAGGGAAUCAAAGAUUCGAAUCAGCGCAGAUACGAGCUCUUUUACAUCUUUGGCCCUGCGCCUCGCGAUCUCACCCAUCUGUCCGCCCUGCCGCCAGUCAGGUCGUUCAGCACGGCAGACGGCACAACGCGCACCGAGGCUGGCGAGCCAGCAGUAGCAGCUAUCACAUCAUUCGUCGCUGCAGCGGACGGCCUCGGCAUCCCCUAUCGUCUCGAGGGCAAUCCGUCCCCCACGGCCCCGACCGUCGCCUUCUGCAACUCGCUCUUGACCUCGCUCCACAUGUGGGACGAGCUCGUGUCAAUCAUCAAGUCCCAGCGUCCGGAUCUGCGCAUCCUGCGGUACGACACGCGCGGCCGGCACGCUGGAACGCCGGAAAUCCCCGCUACUCUGGCAAGGCUGGCCGAUGACCUAGCGAGCGUGGUAAGGGCGCUUCGCAUCCCGAAACUUCACACACUUGUCGGUGUCUCCAUGGGCGGCGCUACAACGCUCGAGUUCGCGCUGCGCCACCCGGAACUGCUGGAGCGAUUCGUGGCCUGCGACUGCAACGCGACGUCGAGCGCGGCAAACACGGCGGCCUGGAAGGAGCGCAUCACGAUGGUCGAGUCACCCGAGGCCGGAGGGAUCAAGACGCUGGCGGGCCUGACGGUCUCGAGGUGGUUCCACCCCGACACAAUGACCAAAAAGGCCGCGCUUGCGAGCAGCAUGACGGAAAUGGUGGCGGCAAACGACGUGGGCGGAUUCAAGUACAGCUGCCAGGCGCUCUGGGAUUAUGACCUCAAGCCGCGGCUGCCCGAGUGCAAAGUCCCGGGGCUCCUGGCGGUAGGCGACGGCGACGGCAAGGGCGCGCUGGUCAAGGCCAUGGAUGGAUUCAAGGGGCUCGUUGGCAAAGACGGGGUCGAGCUCAGGGUUGUACCGAAAACAGGGCACCUGCCCAUGUUCGAGGAUGCCGCGGCGUUCUGGGAUGGCGUCAAGGAUUUCAUCUGAGGCUGUAGCGUUAUCUCGAUUUUGGGGGUAAAUUUUUUUUCCAUGUCGAUAGUGCCAAAUAUCCCACAACCCCUCCGUGCUCGGGAGGGAACGGAGUUGAAGCACCGGGUCGGAGCGACCGGCCAAUACUCGGGGCUACCGACCGCCCAAGCCAGUCUUUUGCGCCCAUGGCAUGAUGCAGGGUGCCGACUUACAUAGCGCGUCGCAACCGUCUGGACCUAGCCAAUCCGGCCAACACCCCAUGGCACGCAUAGUUGUAUCCCGUCUCCCACUCCCAACCCCCCGCCACCGCCGGUGCUGUCUCGGCCAUCAAAUGCGGGGUUUUUGGGGAAAGGCAGGGGAGACUCUGGAGCCCCAGCCAGCUGUGUUGACCGACUGUCGGGCCGAGAUGGAUUCCUUAUCUUUCCCCAACGCUUCCCUUCCAUGUACGUCUGUUUUUAGCUGACAUGGCCGCGAGCCGGGCCCGUUAUGGAGCAGACUUUUUUGGCCUUGGAUCUGGCAGACAGCCCAUCUCGGCAUUUCAAGGAGUACGGGCAGUGAGAGACAAGGAUUUGGCUCCGAGGUGGAAAAUGCUAGCUUUUCUUCUAGCAACGAAUAUGCAUGCGACCCCGCCCUAAUGCACCCC